GUCAGGCAGCAGGUCCGCUAAGCGCCGGACGGAGGCCAGCGGCCGGAGCCAGGGAUGCUGCGGGAGGCCGCCCGCUGCUUGGUGGUGGACGCGAACGGCAGGAGCGUACCCCUCAAGAACCUGUACGGGGAGCAAAAAGCGAUCGUGGUGUUCGUGCGGAAUUUUUUAUGUUACACCUGUAAGGAGUAUGUAGAAGACCUGGCAAAAGUCCCCAAGGCGUUUCUACAAGAGGCAAAUGUGAGGCUUAUAGUUAUUGGACAGUCAUCUUAUCAUCACAUCAAGCCCUUUUGCAGUUUAACUGGGUAUACACAUGAAAUGUAUGUAGAUCCGCAAAGGGAAAUUUAUAAAACACUUGGCAUGAAAAGAGGUGAAUGUACUAAUGUAUCAGUGCAGAGCCCUCAUGUGAAAUCAAACACGCUCCUGGGAAGCAUUAGGAGUAUGUGGAGAGCAAUGACUGGCCCGGCUUUUGAUUUUCAAGGAGACCCCGCUCAGCAGGGAGGAGCUUUGAUUUUAGGCCCAGGCAAUGAAGUUCAUUUUUUGCACCUUGAUAAAAACAGGCUGGAUCAUGUUCCCAUUAACACAAUUUUGCAGCUGGCAGGAGUUAAAACAGUAAAUUUCACAAACAAACCCCAGAUUAUUGACAUAUGACAAUGACACAAUAUAUAA